AUGGCAUUCAGGCUCAUCCCAUUGACAUCAAGUGCUACGCGUCAAGGCCUCGGUAGGCUCGCCAACCGCACACCCCUCCCAUCCCUCAUCCCUCAGCGCCGACACAUUUCCGCAUACGGCUAUGAGCAAGCCAAAGCCCUCACCUUCUCAGACUAUGGCGACCCCGCAGCCGUACUCUCCCUUCACAGCCACUCCAUUUCACCCCCACACAGCAAUCUGAUGACACUGCGCUUCCUCGCCAGCCCCAUCAACCCCGCCGACAUCAACCAGAUCCAGGGUGUCUACCCUUCGAAGCCUAACUUCACUACGAGUCUGGGCACCGCCAAUCCCAUCGCCGUCGCUGGAAAUGAGGGAGUCGCCGAGGUCAUAGCAUUGGGUGAGGGUGUAAAGAAGGCAGGCUUCAGCAAAGGCGACUGGGUCUUCAUGAAGGGCCCUGGGUUUGGCACGUGGAGGACACAUGCCAGUGCUACCAUCGACGAUGUUGUCAAGCUCGACGCGCAGAUGAGGGAAGGCAUUACGGCGAUCCAAGCAGGCACCGUCAGCAUCAAUCCAUGCACAGCAUACCGCAUGCUGCGCGACUUUACCACUUUGAACGAGGGCGAAUGGUUCAUACAAAACGGUGCCAACUCGGGCGUCGGACGUGCAGCUAUUCAAUUGGGCAGAAAGUGGGGAUACAAGAGCAUCAACAUCAUCCGAGGGCGGGACGAUACUGCCGCAGAAGAUAAACUGAAGACAGAACUGAAGGAGCUCGGCGCAGAUGUAGUCAUCACCGACACGGAGCUGCAAAGUCAGGGCAUCAAGGACGCAGCGAAGGAGUGGACAAAUGGGGGCCGCGAGCCAAUCCGCCUCGCACUCAACUGUGUCAACGGCAAAGCUGCAACCGCAAUGGCCAAGCUCCUAUCCUCCUCUGCGCAUUUCGUCACUUAUGGAGCCAUGUCAAAGCAGCCGCUUACGAUUCCUGCCUCGAUGCUCAUCUUCAAGGAUCUCCACUUCCACGGCUUCUGGGUCAGCAGAUGGGCGGAGAAGCAUCCGGAGGAAAAGCAGAAGACGGUCGCCGAUGUGCUCGAGAUGACGAGGAAGAAGGAGUUCAAGGAUAUCCCAGUGGAUGAAAUCAAGUGGGAGUGGGAGACAAAGGGGGAUGAACUCAUUGCAAAGGUCAAAGAUACGCUAGAAGGGUACCGGCAAGGCAAGGGCGUGUUUGUGUUUGGGAAAACGUAG